CCACCGCGAGAGCCUACACAACCGUUCAAGCCGUAGACAAGACGAAGCCAGUCGAAUACAAAGAUCAACUAUGGCAACGACUUGAACCCCCUUCAUAUCCAUAUGGCGAACCCAGACACUACAAACAAUCAAACAGAGGACUUUAUGGUGGUCUACGCGUCCAAGUGGGAAACAAUGUUUCCGACAAAACAAAAACAAAAACUCGCAGGACAUGGUAUCCGAACAUCGUACGAAAAAGAUUGUUCUCGGUGGCAUUGAAUCAACACAUUCCCUUGAAGGUAGCAGCCCGCGUCAUAAGGACAAUAGAUAAGGUUGGCGGUCUAGACGAGUACCUGCUCGGAGACAAGCCAGCACGGAUAAAGGAGCUCGGCGUGUUUGGUUGGAGGCUCCGCUGGAUCAUCAUGAACACUCCGUCCGUACGAAUGCGAAUGGGACAGCAGGCGAAGGCAAUGGGGGUCGAGGACAACGUGCGUUUCGAGAGGGGCUGGAUGACACGUGAUGAGAUAUAUCAAUAUCUCAAGGAGCAGUUCCAAAUAAAAGUAGCACGUCAACGGGCCGAAUUAGCAGAACUUGCGGGGAAAGCAGAAGUUCAAUUGAACGGUCUAGCAGGACUCUCGGAAGUGACAGAAUCUGAAGUAGCAGAACUCGCUAAAAUGGCAGACGGUCUUGCUGUAGACGGUCUUGCUGCGGCAGAGGCGGUAUCAAACAUCAACGAUGGGAGCGUGGACUCAAAGAAGGCAUACAAAGUCUUCAGGGACAUUGAACAACAGACAAAACCUGUCAUUAUCAAGGUUCAUGACCUAAAUGGCAGAAGAGGCCGACGAGUACAGAAGUACGACAUGACGGUCCUGUCAAAUAAGUCAUUGGUAGAUCAUGAGCACCACAUGCUACAUGCGGCUUAUCUUGAGACGGCUACGAAACCUCUGGUCGAAAGAGCGCUACCAGGUCGUUUGGAUGGGACGCAAAACUUGAAGGAUAAGCACAGGUAUAUCGGUGAAGGCCGACCAAGAUCACUCGACAGACAAGAAAUGAACGCAUCGAUUGAUGAAUUGGAGCCAUCUGUGAUGGAGCAACCCGCGCCUGUCUCAGGCCCAUCUGGACAGGACACACGUACGGUGGGGCAGAAACUUAAGGAUUUUUUCUCACGAGUGAGCAAGGAACAUACAAUAUUUAAAAAGUGAUGCUACAGAGUGAGGAAUAUCCUGUGAGCUGUUACGAGUGGACCUGCUGUAUAUAAUAGUUCCUUUCAUCCCCUCCUGUAUUUCAUACGAGUUAGACGAACAUAAUUUGCUCGUGCAGCAAUACUUUGACCACCCUUCGCAUGUUCUCGCUUUCGACUGGUUUAGCUUUGAAGAAGUUUGUCCUGCGUGGCUGAUACUCGCGAUGUUUGCUUGGUGUGAAAGAAUUGACAGCUGGCCCAAUGAAAUGUCGUUUCAGG